UUACGCCUGCGCUGUCCAUGCAGCCCGGUGCGAGGGGCGGGGCCGGGCGGGGUCCCCUUUCCGCCAGCCCUAGCGAAAAUAACUCUUCUUCCCAACUCACCCCCUCCCUCUGGGCUCUUAGAUGGUCCCGGGAGGAGGAACCUGCGCGGGCUCCGGGAGGCCGACCCGAGAGGCUAGUUAAUCCGGUAGUCACGCGACUCAGGUCUUUAAAUGGCCCGGGGCGCAGGUGAGGAGGAGGAGGAGCGAGAGACCAGCAUCACCUGUAGUCCGAUCGCUAUCCUCGCCCAGCCAAUCAGCGCGUGGCGCGGGUGAGGCUUCAGCCAGUCGCCGUGGGCGGCGGAGCUGUCGACCGGGCUGCCUGGGAGGGACAAGCCCAGGCUCCGGGCCCCUGCCCCGCCUCCAGUCCGGAGCCAUGGAGCCCGGAUCGCUCCAAAAUUCCUUCUACCAGUUUUCCGAAGAGGACCCUUGCUUGAAUCUUCAGUCCAACCCCGUGGCUUUACCGAGGGACAAAAGGGAGGCUUAAAGUGGGUGAUCUUCUCAGCCAAGACCACAUAGCAAGUCAGUGGCAGAAGCUAGACUGAGGCUCAGGGGCCCUGUGAGGGACAGACAGGCCUCCUAACUCCUGCCUCCUCUCCUAUCAGGGAACAAUGGUGGUCGGUGUGAAGCGCAAGCAUCCCGGGGACCAUGGGGAUCCGGAAGAGGUGGAGGCUGGAAAGGAGUCCCAGGAGCAGGCCGCCUUCUCCCAGUCCAACCUGUGCCAGACCUUACUUCAACUUUCAAUGGACAAAUUCCAGCUAGGCCCACCUAGCCUCCUACGGCAAGUGCUCAUCACCAACACCCUGAACCACCUCAGGGAGAAGAUGAACCUGGAGGGGAGCCCAGCCCCCUGCCAGGGAGCCGGGCUGGAGAUGCUUUUCCCCUUCACCGCCCAGUCGGCUAACAUCUUGCUCAGGGAGCUGGAGGAGCUCUUAGGCUUACGAGCCGCUCAGGACUGCUGUGAGCCCCCAGAUGGGACGUGUGCCUCUACCUCCGCUGAUGGCCUGUUGGGAGACUGCCAGCAAAUACUUCCGCCUCUUGGGGCCUUCAUUUCCCCACCGGUCAGGGCUGAGGAGCCUCUCCUGGGCAGCUUUGAGAUCAUGAGCCACAGGUACCUCGGAGACCUGGUUCCUCAGGACUUCUUCACUGACAUGGACACCUCAGAUGUGGAAAGGGAGCCUUGGCCCUCCUCUUCAGCCUUUGCCUCUUCCUCUGGGGCAGUCUGCUUCCCGGGACAGUCUGCCGCCGAAUGGGACUGGACCGAACUGGACCAAAUCUUGGAGAUCAUCAAGGGCUCAUAAGACUGGGCUGGGGGGUGGGACCCCAAAUUCCCUAGUUGGGAUUUGGAACCCGUCCCUUCAGACGCUUGCUAACUCUGGACAGUGUCAAGAAAGUGGUCUCCAAAGAUUUCCUAUCUCAGGAAUCUGGGGGGGAAGCUUCCUAGUGAUGGGGGGUGAAAGCCUCCUCUCUUAGGGAUCUUCUGCCCUGGUCUCACUGCCUGCUGAGGGCAGAACAAUUGAAUGUAUUUCCCUUUCCUAUUGGCUUGAUGGAACUCUGCUCCCUUGCUGACACUCAAUCACCCUGACAGGCCCAAGGCAUGCCGGGGCCAAACACUUUGGGGCUACUGUUCCCCUUCCAGUUAACCCUGUGUCUUCUGGGAACCUGGUUCCCAGGUGGGAUAUUGUUUAAAAUGUAAAGUUCUCUGGGAGCAGGUUUUUUGGGGGUCUCCGGAGGCAGCCUCAGUUUUAGUUCAGUAAUCACAAGUGCAGCUGGGGAUUAAAAAUCCGAAUCCUUUAUUGUCUCCUUCCCGGGCCCGGUUAGCUUUCUCAGAGGCCUCCUUGAUUCCCAGAGCUUAAGCUGCCUUCCCUGGCUUGUGACUGACUCCUGGCUGAGGUUCCCAGAGCUUCUAGUGGGCUUGACCUCAGAGGAGCUUGUCAGCUCCUCCUGCUAUAUACUCUCUUAAAGGUGUGAAUCUUGUGGAAUUAAGAGUAAGGACUAAAUACAUGUAAAUGAGAGAAUCUUUAUCUCAUCAAUUCCACUUACUUAGCCUAGUGAGACUCCAAAGGCCCUGGUGCUCUCUCCUUUUUCCCUUGACUCGGAGUCAGAUCCAAAGAAGCUGGUCUGAGUUGAGUAACUGCCUAGGGGAGGAAGGGGGCAGGGCAGGGCAGGGCUGAAGGCCAAGAGGCCUCAGGGGAGACAAAGUCCACAUUACUGGGAGGAGGGGCUGUAGACCAACCCCCCCCUCCACCCAUCUCCCAGAGUUGACAGGUAUGAAAACAGUAAAAACUUACAUCUUCUUCUUCCCCCUCCCCACGCCGGUGCCUGGCCAUAACUGUGAACCCCCAUCCUUUCUCUGUGCCCCUCCUUUGACCUUAUUCACCCCCUUCCCUACCCAAAGUGGCCUCGAUGAAGUGCAAUAGGGAUGAAGGAAUCUUCAUCUGCGGUCACCCUUUUUUGAUUCUAUCUCCAAAAGGCCUAUUUCAUCUGGAUUUUGUGAAUAAAACCUUCAUGUUCCAUAA